AAAAAAAGAGACCAUUAUUGAAUCGUUGGAUCCGUGGUCGUCCAUGUGGCGCAUAGCCCUGUGACACGGCUACUCGUUCAUUUUUUUGCCAGCUCUUUUUACCACCGGUGAUUCGAUUAUUCAAGAGGGAGGAAUGUAAAAAAAGAAAAAAGAAAAAAAGAAAAAAAAAAUGUGAAAGAGAAGCUGACCGUGAUACGAACGCACGUGUGCUCGAGAAAAUACGUAUACCACUUGUUCAUUUUCAUCGGGAUAAUUUGCACCGGAAUCUCCUUCGCUAUCGAGCCCGUCGAACAAAGAGCGAUUCAUUUCCGAAUCUAGACUCACACCGACGAGUGCCAUUUUACUUUCCGAUGCACGGGAAUUUUACAAAGGGAUUUUUCCUUCUUUCCUUUCCUUUUCUUUUUUUUUUUUUUUUUUCUCCACUGUUGCAAAAGCAACGAUACGAUUACCAGCUAUGCCCGCUGUAACAACCAUAAAUAACAGGAAUAGAUCGCGAAUAGGAUGGGAAAGCGAGCACCGGCAGAAGCAGGCGCGGACCGCCAAUUGAAAUGCAUCAUGCGAUUCGAAAUUAUUGGUCUACGUCUCACAAAGUUCCUCGCGUAAUAUCAUUAAUUUGGAACGGCGAAUACGAAUGGACGCAACUUCAUUAUCAUUAUCAAUACCGCACCGAAAUCGCGUGACAAAUGUGCAACCGCAAACCGGAACGCCCUAGCGUACGCUUGGAACGCCAUUGGCCAGCCGCUCUAAUUUAUCCUUUAAAUUAUUCACCGUCUCUCCCGGGCUAUCCCGUCGAUUUUUGAUCGGCAAAGGAAGAAAGUAUUCCGCGGAACAGGUGCGCUGCAAUUAGACACGUGCCGUGGGCGCGACGUGGGGGAGGGGAUUAAAUUGCGAGGAAAAACGGGAGAGCGGAAGGCAAAUCGUGGCCGACGGGAGUAAUUUCGCUGGAAAGUGAAAAGGAUGAGCGUGCGUGGUCAAACGCGAUGCGCGCGUGAAUGUUUAUGCCCCACGAUGAGUCCAGCUCUCGUUUCUAUAAAUUAUUCGCAUUCGCAUGGGCGGAAUGGUAAUUUUCUAGCCCGCCAGCGUGGAAUGGAUUAUCAUACAAGUGCGCUGCACUUGUUGAACCCUUGUUUAUGAUCACUUCCUCGAAACGAGUCGCGCAAAACGUUGAAAACGUUGUUAACGCAAAAACGAAGGAAGGUCGCGCCUCGUGCAUUUCCCGAACGAACAAAUGGAAAUGUCACGAAGGUUGAUGAGUGGAAGAAAAUGAGGAAAAAUGGUACACUUCGCAACGGGGAAGAAGAGAGGGAUCGUAACCUCGUUCUCGAAAUAAAGGUGCGUAAAGUUUCGGUGUGAAAAGGGUGGAGAGAAAAGCAUCGCUCGAGUUCCCCUGAGUACUUUUCGAAAAAAAUAUCUUCUUUGUGUUUCGCGUAGGUGCGAGCGUCUCUCGCGAGAUUCUGCGCGUCAUUUCCCGUAGAAUGGGAGGAAACUCGUACUAAGAGAAGACUCGUACCAGUUCGGACUUGUCCGUGAGGCUAAACUAAUUUGCCGCGUGAGGGUAGUCGGUGGGUUCGAGGUGGGUUGAAGUGGGGUGACACAGGGUCGAGGCAGAUGGAAAGUUCAGAGGGGAUGAAGGGAGAGUCAUCUGAUUCCGCGUAGUGGGAGAACCGAAUUCCGAGUGACCAGUAAAAAUACCACCCCACGCCCUCCCCUUUCCCGCUUUCCUUCACUUUCUCUUUCCGCUUCGGUUUCUUUCCUCCUCUUCCUUUUCAUCUCCCUUCUCUUUCGGAUCCUCUACCCUCACCAGAUCCUACCUCAGGGGUAUAGGAAGGACUGUGAACUGGGGUAAAAGACUGCUCGUGCUGAGUCGCGAGGAGGACGGUGAUAGCUUAGAGACGCGUGGCCAUGUUUGUGUCCAUGGGUACAUACGCGAACGUGUGGGUGAGCGGCUUUUUUAACGCACGUGUGUGCAGGUGCGUAAGUCUGAGAGAGGAGGAAGUGCCUUAACGAAGAAAGACUUUCUCAGUGACGGAUACCCUUCCUCCCGAUACCCCUUUCCUAUUCCUGGGAUUUUAAUUUUUUUUUACUCGAUCGAUCAAAAUCGUAAAGAGAUUUUCAAAUGAUUCAAGUGUCGCGUUGAAUCGAUGAAAUACCGUUUCGUACGAAUAUAUAAAUCCAGUUCUAAUAUUAACUUUGUAUGAAUUUCGUUGCGUGAAUAAAUUAUACGGACAUAUACGGGUAAUAAAUAAAAAUGAAACGGUGAAACGUUUGAUAUUAUCUAAAUUUUCUCGAGGUAAAGAAGUUGAGAAGAAAAACGUAAGGAACCAACGGAGUUUAGGAAGACGUCGCCCCUGACUUUGAAAGAGGGUGGCAGGGAGUAAGGGGUGAGUUCGCUGGGGGGACUAGAAGCUAGGGUAUGGGGACGGUAGCGGGGAUGGGGGGUUGAAUCAGCGCGGGGGUGUAUGGGGGAAUUAGUAGAUGGCCGUGGACAAUGUGGGGGAUACUUUCUCAUAUCAAGUAUGGCCGCCAUCGUGGCACGAUGGCCAAAACAAUAGUAAGUAGAGAGACCCGUAGGCAAUCGUCGAUUUCUUACGAUUCUUCUUCGCUAACUUCUUCGUUAUUUUUUCCCCCCCUCCCUCCAAUUUUGAGAAAAUUUUUUAAUUUCGGAUUCCGAUCUUGCGACAACGAGGCAUCAUUUUAGAUGUUUCCUAUUGUUUUUCUCGUGUUUCAGUGCGCAGUGAAUAAAGUGAUGUUAUCGUCGUUAUCGUCGCCGUUAUCAGUCGCGAGCUCGUGCCUCAUUUAAUAAAAAAAAAAGAAUUCAUCAUCGAUUAUAAUCAACAAAUGGAUAACAACAAGGAGGAACCAGCCAAUCGUCAACAUUUUCAAUUUUUUCACGUGGGCAAAUUGAUGCUACUGAUUACGAGCGACGAGUAAUCGAUAGAGGUGAUAGAAGAUCGGUGGUGUCACGCGUCGACCACGGCUGAGACGUCCUCGACGAUGGCGCACGAGACGACGAUAUCGGAUUUGACGGAAUUGGACAGCGACGGGUCGAGUUGCGGAGAACGCGACGCCAGGAAACGUCUUCGUUUCGACGUGGAUCCAACGGGGCCGAAGAAGAGGCGAAAACAAACGACGCCCGUGAGAUUCUCGUCGACGCUGAUGCCCGGCGUGCACGAGGAAUCGAACGAGGACGAGGACGAGGACGAGGAGGGCAGCGAAGGUAAGCUGUCGUCGCAAUCACCCAUACCGAGUCAAUCCUCGAUAAGGGACGAGAACCUGAAUAACGAAUUCCGUUGCCAAUACUGUAGCCAGUUUUUCGAUAGAAAGGAAACGUUGAACGUUCACCUGGACAAUGAGCACGGUUCCGCGAAUAGGAUAUCGGGACAACAAUGUAGUAGAUCUCCCCCUAGCCAAGCGAUCAAGCAAGAACCGUCUCACCAACUGGACCAAUCCGAGAACCCCGUUAAUUUGCUUAGCGUAAAGAAUUUCGCGAUAAAUUGGCUGGCCACCGGGCAACACGUGCAAUCGCACGCGCAAAUGCAGACGCAGAACGAGGAAUCGUGGCCCAUCGCCGGGCCCCCAUCCGGCCAAAUACCGCUGCCCAAUCACCUCCAACUCCUCACCGGUUUCCCCGGCGCCUUGGCGCAGUAUCUGCCCGUGCCCGCUUUCCCCAUCCCGGAUUCCGGUUCGAUCGCGAGAGGUGGCGGUCUAGGACCAACGCCGGUGAGGAUCUUCAAUCCGGACGCGUACUGUGAUCUGUGCAACAAAGAAUUCUGCAACAAGUAUUUCCUCAAGACGCACAAGGCGAACAAACACGGCAUCUACGCGGAUUCACCUGGGCCGAGCAACGUGGACAACGGCGGCGGUGGCAAUCCGGGACCCGUGUUCCCCGCCGCCGUCAACUUGCCGAGUAGCGUGGUCAAAUUGGAGCUCGCCGCGACGCCGCCCGCGCCGACGGUGGCCUGCGAUCUUUGCCAGAAGCGGUUCAAGAACGAGGAGUCGGUUCGUAAACACAAACAGAAGAUGCACACCGAGUUGUCGGAUCAAUCGCAGGAGGCGCAGAUCGGUUUGUUGCAGAACGAGGAGGCCUCGAGAGACAGUAUGGGCGGUAUGGAAGCGUUGUUGAAGCAAGAGUACGGGAUCGAGCAGGAGGAUGCGACGUUCGUGCCGGCGCCCAGACACCUAUCCCCUCAAUCGAUUCAACAAGCGCGCGACUCCGGGUUUAGCGCCGAUCGGCUUCGUCGUUUGGGGGUCAUAAAUCCGGACGCAUUCUGCGAGAUAUGCUGUAAGGAGUACUGCAACAAGUAUUUCCUGCGAACGCAUAAAAUGAAGAGGCACGGCAUCAUCGUGCAGGAUAGCGAAAGAUCGCCCAAUAAUCCGGCGAUGCCGCCAAGUUGGCAUCAAGUGCAGACCAGCCCGUUAAAUUUAAUCAUGGCGGAGAAUAACGGGGGCGGUAGCGCGGAAUCGAACGAGCGUGGCGGCGACGAUUACGAGUGCAAAACCUGUGGGAUACGUUUCCAAACGAUCGGCCUGUAUCGAGCGCAUUCCCGGAAAAUGCACGAAGGGGAGAUGCAGGAGUCGCCCGGGCGGCAAGAGUGCGAGCUGGAUACGGCCAACAGCGAUCAACGGAACGAUUCCAUCUCGGAGGAUCUUCAAAAAUUGCAGACCAUGCUUCUGCAACUGAACGGGCUCAAGUCUGGCAAAGGGUUGUCGUGCAACGUGUGCGGAAAAGAAUGCGAGUCUAGAGCGGGUUUGCAUAUUCAUACGAUAACGGAACACGCCGUUAUUGGCGAAGAUUCGACGUCCUCGCCGCAAGAGAAGUCGCCCUUAACCGCGACGUCCGCGUUUCCCACCCUAUGCGGCAAAGAGUACGCGAGCCAGGACGGGCUGAGAAAACACGUAGCCGAGGAGCAUCAACCGGCGAUCUCGAGUGCCGUCCCGCAGAUUGUCGCGACAACCUCGGCGACGAGCGUUACGAAUUCGACGAGUCAGCCACCGGCCGAGAGAAAAGUGACCUCGAUGACGCCUACGUCGAGCUACUGCGAGAUAUGCAACAAGGAGUUGUGCAACAAGUAUUUUAUGAAGACGCACAUGCAGAGGAUGCACGGUAUCGAGAUCGAGAAUGGGGCCCAGAUAGGAGGCGUGAUAUGCAACAUUUGUAACAAAGAGCUGUGCAGCAAGUACUUUUUACGCGUUCACAAGCACAACACGCAUGGCAUAGUCGAUGAGAACACGGCGAGCACGGUGAAACAGGAGAGCCACGAAACGGCGAACGCGGACGACGGUGCUUUGAAACCGGAACAACUCGGUGAUUUGACCCACAGAUAUUUCACUCAUUUUACAGAGGUUUGCCCGAUCUGCAGCAGAAGGUUCCGUAGCAUAAAGUGGCUGAAGGCUCAUCUGAUGGGCGAUCACGGGAAGACAGGUAUCGAGAAGUGGCGCGAGAUGGAGCAACAGUAUCAAACGAGUGUCCCCAAGUCGGGGAGCAGAGCGGUGAACAUGACGUCGAAGGCCGGUCAACCGGGCUCCAACUUGAAGAUACCAAACGGGUUCGAGAUCUCGCAGCAAAUCAAGUCCGCCGUCGAUUACCCGGGUUUGGGUAAUCAAGUGUUGUCCAAUCUCCUGGGAUCAUCCUCCGAGGAUCAACAAUCGAAGAGUUACCGUUGCUCCUAUUGCAAUUUCACGACCACCGUACUACCGUUCCUCUUCCUUCACGAGAGAUCUCACGCGAGCGCGCGGGACAACGCGGAGGCAGAGAAAUCGCUUCGAUGCCCGAUCUGUUCUCAACCGUUUCACCAGCCUGAGAUGUUGCAUCAACAUCUACUCGCGUCCCACCAAUUCCCUACGUUGCUCCCCCAUUUCCAACCCCCCCUCUUCAAUAAUUUAAGUCUCGACACGGAGAAACUGACGAACGAGAGCAAAGAGAGAUUCGAUUUGGAGGCGAAGGAGGAUCGAGCGGGAAACAGCCCGCAGAUGGUUGUUAAUCAAAACAUUCCCGACCCGACGAGGAGCAAGCGGCAGGACGACACAACGGUCCAAGUCACUCCUCAGGGUGUGUACAAGUGCGCGCAGUGCGGAUACGCGACGACCAAUUUGAACAGGAUAAAGAGGCACGUGAGGAAGGAUCACAAAACGAUCGGCGAUCCUACGGACAGCGUGCUCGCCGAGCUGAGCCGAACUUUGAAGGACGUCGCGAACAGGCACAAGGUGCCGGCUUGUUACGCGAUGCCCCAGGAUUCAAUGAAUUCGAUCGCUGAGAAGACGAUCAUGCAACCGUUUCUGAUCGAGGAACGGGACGCGAUGCAGGCCGGCGAAGAAUCGGGCUCGGAGAAACGAUUCGCCCCGGCUUUGGUCUAUUUGCCCGUUAAAUCGCGAAUUAACAACGCGCUCACCGCAUCCUUCACCCUAAGCCCAGCUUGAAACUCUUCCUUCUUCGUAUUUACAUUUACACGAUAUCUUCGAUACCACUCGUUUCUACGUCUGCGAUUUGAGCACGUGUUAUUAGUUCCUAUGUAAAGUGUAAGGAAAUAGUUAGGGAAAGUUUAUAUAUUUUUCAUAUACGUGGCUCGUCGAGGAUUUCAUUCAUUUUAAUACAUAUAUAUAUAUAUAUAUAUAUGUAAACAAUUCACUGUUCGAAUAUUUCCUGGAUAUUUACAUCAAACGAUCCUUUCAUUUUCUUCGCGGUGAAGAAAAUUAAUAUACGUUUUCUUUCGCUUGUUCGAUGAUUGAUCUUUUUUUAAAAAAAAACUACGUAUAUUGCAGACACAUAUAUAUAUAUUUUGGAUCCCGUUUUGAGAUACAGAAUGAUAAAACGAAUCCCGCGUUUGAAAGCCACGUUGUUAUAUACUGUUCCAAUUCGGGAACGUUUUCUAUUGUACAUAUAGUAUGAUAAUCGUAUAACCGACACCGAAACCGGGUGAUCAAAAAAGUUCCUAUUUUAAACGCGACCGAUCUUCGAGGAAAACUUAAUCGACGUCUAAUCAUCAUUUAAGAGCAACGAUCUCCUUUGUUUCGUUUCAUUCUCGUAAUCCCGUAAUUUUUCUUUUUUGCUCAAGUCCAGGAAUUACGAGCGAAGUAACAAGAUAUAAACGAAAGAAUACGCGACGCCACCUCGAUGUUCGAGAAUCGUCGAUACCGCUUAAUCGUAUCGUUAUAUCGAUGGUUUUCGUUUCUCGCGAUCAUACUAGUCAAUAUUUUAUAUACAUAUAAAAAUAUAUAUAUAUACAUAUACGUAUAGUCAAAGUUGAGAGAGGUUGGGGAGAAGAUUUAUAGAAGUAUUUAUAAAUAGACGAGUUAAGGUAACGACGAACAAAAGAAUAUGACUAUAAAGCAAAAGAAGAAAAAAGAAAAAAAAAAGAUGAAAACGACGAAAGAAGCGUAAUUACUGUAACUUAGAGGCGAGCAUGAUUAAAUCUACGGUUACGAUAUUUAGAUAUCGAGGAGCAUAUGAAAGCCAAUCAACUCAGGGUCGACACAGUAUAACCCGUAACAAAAAGUACAAUCGUAUACACAGCCAACGCAUUGCAUAUAGAAUUAAAAUAAAUAUAUCGAUAUAAUAUUUCGCAAGCCGCGGAUAUCAAAUAUACGCCAAUCGGUCUCUUCCCGUUUCUUUUUUUCGGAAGGGAUGUAACGACCACCACGAGUACUCGACUGUACGAUACAAUACCCAUUUCUUUAAAUCUACUAAAUUAAAAUUGUAACGCCUCUCUGAUUAUUAUCUAUCUAAACAGUAAGGUUUUACAUAGUCUAGUCGUUUACAAAGAAAUAGCGAAACGACGUCGUCCAAAACGACAUCGAAAAGUUCGUAAAGUUCCUCUCUGAAAUAAAUAAACGUUCGAAACAUCGUGCCUUGCAGCUGAAGAAACUGAGAAUCAAAAUUUCGUUAUCGCCGUAUAUAUCUACGAAUCGGAUAGAAAUUGGACGCGAUCCGAGUGUCCACGUGAUGUCAUUUAUUUCUGUUGCCCCUAUAUACCGCAGAAAACAAUUCGUACCACGAUAAUCCUCUCGAUCUCGUAAUGGCAAACUCCUCUCUCUUCUUUUUCUUUUUCGCCCGUGUAAUCGUAAAAUCGCUUAUCAACCGUGAUCGACCUCACCGGUUAUAACGCUCCUCGAUUUCGAUUCUAUAUUAUUCCAAUUUUUUUCUCACCUAAAAAAAAAAGGCGAUCAUCAAGAUAUAAAAAUCCAAUACAUACAGAGAAUUCAAAAACCAAGGAAAUAAAGAGAGCAGAAGAAUGCAAAAGUUGAAACGAUUUCUAUUUUUAACCGAAUUUUCAAUUUUUCCACGGUUAACGGUCACCGAGCAUUCGAUCGAAACAUUGUAAAAGACAGCUGGUUUUACAGCGUGACCAGUGGAUAGCCAGGCGUGCAGCCGUUCCGAACUUAACUCGCCGCCCAAAACGCGUUCUUUGCACCGGUGGGGUCCCAUCGAUGAACAAACAGGCGCGUUACGUUUCCGCCCUCGAUGCACGCCCACGCAAUGUUAACCUUGGAUUAUGAAAUAAUAAAGCGGCUCGUUUCGACAACUUCCUUCUGUUUAUUUAACGAGCGUAACCCGCGCACGCAAAUUCGUAGUGGCGUUUUGAAACGGGUCACCUUAUCGAUCGUGACGACACGAAACGAGCAUCCGUCGAGUAUCGAUGCGAACAAAAGGUAGUAUGGACGCGAUCCAAUGAACGAUCAUCGGGCCGGCCACGAUCGGGAUUUAUAGCGUAUCGGAAGCAAAAACGACGGGUCUCUCUCUCUCUGUGCCCGGCCGACCUUUGUCUCGCUCGCUUACCCAUAAAAAUUUCCCCGGGACAGCUGAAAUUCGAGAACCGCGUCAUUUAAUAGGAUACGUCCGGGUUUUCGGAAAAUUCGUCGUCCGAAUUAGUAUGCGCGCACGCGUGCAUUAACAUAUUUUAGGGGAGGAAUCGGCCAUUACGAAUCUAUUGAGAGAGAGAGAAAGGAGAGGAGAGGAGGAAAUGAGAUGGAGAGGCGGCGGUCAGGGAAGGAGAGGAAAAAAGAAGGAGAGAAAUUUUCGAUCGGGGAGAAGGGAAUUUUUAGCGGGCAUUGUCGAGACGGCGACGUUUGGGCAAACGGUCCCACAUCUGGUCCCCUCGUACGAAGGUCGGUGAGAGGAAAAAGGUCGCGACCUUGGCCGGGAUUUUCCCGAAAAAGUCCGAGAGAAAGGAGGCGAGGCGAGGGGGCAGAGGGUGGAGAGCGCGUAUCCCCGUCCUGUCCAUUUUUCUCGCCCCACGGACGAACAACGGUGACAUGCAAAACGCGUGCGUCCAUGUAAAUCGGUACCCUCUUAAUUGCAUCCCAUGGAAGUAUGCGUAUUGUGCGCUUAAUGGCCCGUGCGCGGCAACGAGGGUCGUAGAUUUUAAUUAUUGUAACGACUCGCAGUCGAUAAUAAAUCGAGCAACGCCGGGGGCGUCAUGGUUUUUCGCUGGUCGCAAUUUAUUUCGCCGCACGUACGAAUGACUCCAAGUGCAACAAAAUAGAAUAUCGCAUGAUCCCCGCACAAAGCGUUCUUCUUUCCUCCUCGAUUUUCGUUUUCAAUAGCGUUUCACGGGCAUUCACGGAUCGUUGUCGAAAACGAAAUGAAAAUCAUGACGAUCCUAGCAAAUCGUCGGGGAUCAUCUAAUUUCACUGCAAGCGGUGCGUUUCCCGAAACGAGUAUUGCCUUGACUAACGUAAUUGAGCGCAAAAUCAAAUUUUACCCGUUUAAAUCAAAAUGAUAGAAACAUGGAAAAAAAAGUAUAUUUAACAUAUGUAUAUAUAAUAUAUAAUAUAUAAUAUGAUAUAUAUAUAUUAUUAAUUAUAUAUACACAAAAAUUAAUUACGUCAUAGGCUAAGCGCGUUUCGUAUUUAAAGAUGAAAAAAGAUGAUAUAAAUAUAAAUAUAAAUAAUAUAUAUAUAUAUAUAUAUAUAUAUACAUACAUGAUCUGUAUUAUAUUAUUAUUAUUAAUAUGAGAGUACGUGUUUGAUAAGCGUGUCAUUUCAUGUAAAGUGUUCCGCGCAUCUAGGGAAAUUAUUUUAGUCCAUCUAGUCUUUUUCUACAGAAUUUACAAAAAUUCCAAAAACUAUUCUAGUCAUAUGACGCAGUCGAAGAAUCAUAUAUAUAUAUAUGUGUGUAUGUGUGUGUGUGUAUAUGUAUAUAUAUAUAUACACACACAUGAUAUGACUAACCUCGAAUGGUUUAUUGAUAUACAAGAUCGAUCGUAUAU